AUGACGGACAGCUUUAUUACUCGCGGUAACUGGCAGCCAUCGGGCACUUGCAAAAGGAAACUUAGCAUUUCUCCAGCGACUUGCGCUGAUAAGACUGCUGAUAGUUUGUCUAACGGCAGUCCUGCCAAAAGUGAUGGCAACUGUCACGUUGCUUGUGUGACCUCUUGUCCACCGAAUCCUGCUUUGACGCCGGCAAAGCGUAUGUGUUUGAGCAAAUCGCCCCUGUGUGACGCUCCGCCCAGCCCAUUUCACCAUCCAACCUCGUCACACCUUCCCCCUUCCCCUGUCGAAAACACUGGCAUAACUUUUCCUGGUGUGCAUGCUAUCGACGCGGUGCCUACUUCCGACUCAAUGCGGAUGACUGCUGGAAGGUGUCCACCGGAACCGUCUUUAGUUGGACAGCAAGUCGAACCGAUGAAGAUGAAUCUUCAGAAGCUAGACAGUACGAUCGAGCAUGUUCUUGCGCUAGCUCGGAGUGAUGAACCAUGCGAGGACGUUUUUGUCCUGCCAUGUCGUACUCGCGAAUGUGCCCCCACGCCAUCACCGCACAAUCCUGGGAGCACUCCAAAUUCCAGCUUGAAUCUGUCUCCCCCCUUUUCGCCAGUCGGCUCCCCGAAGCACCCGCAAAUGUCAUCUCCGGCGUUUUCAAUCUCGAAUUCCUCGUCGACACCUCUUUUCGUUUCCUCGAUUCCUUUCCCGAAGCGUGCGACCGACCAGACCCAGGGAAAUGUACAGCUCACAAAACAGCCGUCUUCAUACGUUAACGCUGAUGGUCAGAACAAGUGGAGCGCCGAGGUACCAAGCGACCAUUUCCGUUCUCCGGCGACCUCAAACGGUACCAACACUACAAUCUUGCGCCCCCAGUCGAAUUUUACCAUGAUAAUAACAUCAAAUACCCAUGAUGCGUUUAAGCCAAUGCCGAUCUUACAUCCCGUAACGCUAACUACUAGCAGUUACUUCGGCGGAUCGGCGAGACCACUGAAUUCGACUUCACCCCGCUCAGCUGAACAGAGGCCGAUUUUUUCGAGACUUCGUACUUCUAGUCCUGAUACCAAGUUCCUGUCCGCGUCCCUGUCGGUCCCAACGGAUGCUUUGAAGCGCUCACCGAAUUGUCAGGCUGGUCUGAGUGGGUGUACUCCCCAGAAGCAGUUUUGUGAAUCCACCCACGCCGCCUUCCCUAUGCCCCCCGCCCUUCAUUCCAGCUCACAUUUGCCGGAUUCUUUUUGUGUGAAAGACUCAGCUCCCAAUGAAUCCCUGCCCCUCAAACAGUGUCAACCUUCGGUCUCUGAAACACCCUGUCUCCCCGAAACUAAUGGUAUGCUGCAGAUUGUUGCGGCCAAAAAGAAGUCAGUGUCUCGUGUCUCUCCGAUCAUAUCUGUUGACUUGCAGCACUGUGGAAAUCCAGGUAUCAAGUCCCCCACUGGUUCCAGGAGAAGGGCGAACGCUGCCGUGUCCAAGAGGAAGAAAUCUGCAAAUGUCCCAGCGCAGACUUCUGUUGCAAAGAUGGCUGUGCCGAUUUCAUCUACCUCAUACAAAGUCACCUCUGGUUCCUCCUUGGAGCUCCCACACACCCAAACGCCUCCAAAACAGUCUCCAGCUGUUCAAGAAGCUAUUAUUAAACUCACGUCAUUUGACCCGAAGAUCUUCUUGUCCGACCCCGCAAUGCAGCCAUUCACCUCCGCGUUGCCGCCAAUGGCAGCGCAAUCUCUUCCCCUGUUGUCGCCGCUAGAAGAGGAUUGCUGGAUCAGGCAAUGUGGCCUAAAGUACAAGCGCAACCAUUUGGCCUUUGGUGUUGUAAAGCCACCUUGUGUACAAGACAGCGCAUUCUCUGAUCUUGGUGAUCACUACUUGUUUCAGCGCCUGUCACUGUUACAAACUAAGCCUAUCCGUCAGCCGAGACAGAUAAGAAAACCCCUUACUGAUUCCUAUCGUGUUUGCCCAUCCCCUCAACAAGUUUCAUUUGACAACCAACUGAAUACCUUUUUCUCAGGCCUACGACACACCUCCCCUACCCCUUGCGAACGGGACUCGAAAUCCGUCCGACCUAGUUCUCCACCAGUCUUACACAUGCUUUCCCACUCAUCUUGCCUCCCGAGCGACCCCCCAACAGACAGGUGCACACCACCACUUGCGCUGUAUCAUAUGCCGAAUACCACUCUCCUUAGUUCGGCCGCUCAAAGGAUAUACUACGCCUCGGACACCUGUAAGACCUCCCCACAGCCUGCUGUCCUCUAUCCUGACGAAGUUCGGCCUUCAAAGGACAGUGGAAAUUCGACAAGUGAGACUGGUUUCGAAAGCCCCUUGGUUGAUUCAGAAACUGGUGAAAUAGUGGGUGGUCACAGGCCGAAAGUAAAAUCCCCCUGUGGUUCUGAAGCUGAAACUGUGGGCGAGAGUAAAUUGCACGUGACUUUCACAAUCAAGCCGGCCAUGACUGGGAAUAUCCCGAAAAUCGUCGAGCUUAUUACAAAUCUACUGAAUAUAGACAGAGAUUCCGUGACAUGCGAAAUCACCGGCUCUGGUGGACAGAUCAGUUUUCCUCAGAGCAGGUCGCAGUGCGAAGGCGUUAUGAGGGAUUUAGAACACAAACUUCGCAAGCAUUUUGCUCAGUUAUCGAUCCGUGUAGACUCUCUACCAGUUGCACACGGGCAGUUUGUUGACGAGUCGUUGACAUCCCUUCAGUCGAGUAACCUCCUGGCCGCUGCAGCCGAUGACUUGUUCCCCCAUCCUCGAUCUUCGCCUGCUCUGGAGAUCCCGAAGUCGAAAUUGUCUGUCGACGAAGGCGAUGUAUCAUCUGUGCAGCAUUCAGUCAAACAUAUCGAGGAGCCCGUGAGUGUCGCCUCUCUAAUCGCAUCAAAACGAGGACGGGAAGAACACUGCAGAAAUUGCAACGUCCUUGUUCCCUGUAACUCGGGCAUCAAGAGAAAGCUGGACGAAAUAGCCAAUGUGAGUAAUGUUGUCCUCAAUGUGGACAAUGGUUAUCACCUUUCGGAUGAUUACGUGUUCUGCGGCGGAUCAUGUCUACAGAAAUUCUCCGCAUUCCUGGCGACGUACUUCCGCUGCGAAGACGAGUUUUCUUUCCCCCUUGAGCAGCAACAACGCUCAUGCACACCCUUCGCCGAUGCCCCAGAACUGUCACACAGUCAUGUGCCGUCUUCAACAAUGAAUCUCUCAGAUACCCGUUAUCAUUUGGUGUUUGGGAGCCUUCCGUGGGUAACUCCUGUUCUCCUACAAAGUCUUUCUUCCAAGGCCUACAAAGCACAUUUACUGUCUCGACGGGGCUUACCCGCAAGCGGCCUGCAAGGCAAACGAAGACCCUCGCCCAAGCAAAAGCGCUGGAGAGACGUGCGUUGGCGUACAUUCAGAGCAGAUUCGACUCAGUGGCGGAAGUCUGCUGAAGACGAACCGAGAACAACUCCAAAAGGCAGCUGUGUGCUCAGACACCCGAUUGCUGAUGAACGUCGCGUGUGCAUUUUAUGUGGCCAGAUAGGUGACGCUCCCGAACACAAUUGUGGACGCCUUCUCUGCAUGGAUAUGGAUAGAUGGGUCCACCUCAACUGUGCGUUGUGGUGUUACGAGAUCUACGAAAGUGUAAGUGGUUCUUUGCACAAUGUCGACGAAUGCAUAAAAAAGGCUUUGGAAACUCCCUGUACGCAUUGUGGUAAACGGGGUGCUGGUCUGCCUUGUUACAAUCCGCGGUGCUCUUUCGUAUACCAUGUUCCUUGUGCCAUAGACAUCGGCUGCAUGUUCUUUACAGAUCGCGGAAUGUAUUGCCCAACGCAUCAGCCAAAAGAGCCACAUCCAAUGCAGCUAACUUCUCUGGUUGUGAAUCGAAAGGUUUACCUCACUCGUGACGAGAAUUCUCAGGUGGCUGAUGUAAUACACGAUGAAACUCAAGAUCAUCGAGUUCGCAUAGGGGCGCUCACCCUCCAUUCGAUCGGCCAACUUCUCCCUCACCAGAUCGAGAGUGGCAACUUCCAUACUCGGAGGUUUAUUUAUCCAGUUCAUUUUUCCACUACCAGAAUUCACUGGUCAAUGCGAUGUCCUGGCCAGCGGUCACUCUAUCGUUGUGAAAUUGUCGAGCUGGAUAAUCGACCUCUGUUCCAGGUAACUGCGAUCGAUGCCGGCCUUCCGGACAUUGUCUUGAAAAGCGAAAGCUGCGACGGCGUUUGGAGGAAGAUCCUCUCCGAGGUCCACCAACUCCGACGUCAAAACAAUCUCGUCCAACUCUUCCCAGAGCAUCUACAUGGAGAGGAUCUUUUCGGUCUGUCGGAACCACACAUUGUUCGAGCCAUCGAGUCCCUGCCUGGUGUGGACACUCUUGUGGAUUACGCUUUCCAUUUUGGACGUUUGCAAUUAAUAUCGGAGAUGCCCCUGGCUAUAAAUCCUUCUGGCUGUGCGCGUUCGGAGCCAAACUUGAGAACCUAUCUUAGACGAAAACGUGCUUUUGUCGGUCCCCAGGAAAAGCAGCACUCGGCGUCAGGACCCCAAUUGCCGUCUUGUGCCUUGUCCACUAGUGCUCGUCGUUUCCCUUCAUUGGUAUCUUCGGAUCCUACACUCUGGCCCAAGGGGUCUUUGAGUGACAUAGUCCCCAAAAAUGCCCAAUGUAGUAAAUCACAACAAUACCGUCGGCUAAAAAUGGAUUUCCAGAGUAAUGUCGUCUUUGGACGUUCACGCAUUCAGGGUUUCGGUCUCUUUGCCGCUCGAGAUCUUGAGCAAAACACGAUUGUUAUCGAAUACAUAGGCGAACUCAUCCGAUUAGAACUUGCCAAUAAGAGAGAAAAAGAGUACGAGGCUCGAAACCGCGGUAUAUACAUGUUUCGUCUCGAGGAUAAUACAGUAAUUGAUGCCACAAUGUGCGGGGGUCCUGCUCGCUACAUCAAUCACUCCUGCCAACCAAACUGCUUCACGGAGUAUGUCAACUUUAAUGACGAAGGCCAUAUCGUUAUCGUCACGAAACGGAAAAUAGACAAAGGUGAAGAGCUGACUUACGAUUACCAGUUUGACUUGGAGGACAAAACCAACAAACUCCCAUGCCUGUGUGGUGCAAUCGGCUGCAAAAAAUGGAUGAAUUGACUUCCUUCCCUCACUUAUCGCUUAUUUACUACUCUACCUGGUGCUGCUUCAGAUUGCUGUCAUGAUCUCACCUGGAUGUCGCAUUAUUUUGGGGCACUCAACCUUUGGGUGGACUUUAUGCAAGUAUGCACCCUUCUAAUCUGUAUAGCUGAACGAGACUGACCAACAAUGGUUCUGUAAAUACCUUUUUAAGAGAAAUGUACAUAUGUCUCCAUUCAACCCCAAUCAAGCUAAGCAAUUCGUAAUCUGUACCAGCGAUUAUGGAAAUGUCUGCGCCACAGCCACCGUUGGAUACAGUGUUGAUCUCACCUGCGCCAACUGUGUGCGUGCUUCCCAUUUCAAUUUUCUGCGAUUGCCUUUCAUGUAGAUACUACCGUCUGGGUUACUCCACAAACUAAUCAUGUGCUUCCUUCCGUUUAACUGGUCGUACUAGGCGUACUCUUUCAAUACCAUUCCUCUUAUAGUAACACUGACUGCUCAACGUGCCACUGUACAUAUGUAAUGUAUAUUUUCUUACCUUCAGCAGAUAUCUUGUUACUUGCCGCAGUCUGCUUUUGUAGAACUAAUUUGGCGUCUCGAGUCGGUCAUGCCUGUGGCUGUUCUCAGUUAACCUCAGAUAGGUUUUCUCACUUUUGUAUGAAAUUACUUCCUCCAUAGCCACCGUGAUUGUAUAAUUGCAUGCAUUUGAAUAACAGGUUCUUUAAACUUGGUUCAUUGGCGUUUGGUUUAUUUAUCUCGCUCAUCGCGCCCAGGUGCACGAGUCUGGCCAGUGUACGCUUCAAAAGGCUUUUAACGUAUUCUUGCCUUGUGCAAAACAGGGCCGUAAAAUCACAUUGCACCCGCCGUGUUGCGAAGGUCGAAGGCAGUCAGCACCCAAUUGUAGACGCAGUCGUCAUAAUCAUCCCCCCAUCAUCUUUUAGAUCUAGGCCUUGCUGACAUGCGAUGAUUUAAUCUAACGCUCUAUCUAAUGCCAACUGGGCAUAAUGCCUGGUCUAUUGAACGAAAAAUUUCGGGAAAGGCUUUGUUAAACAGUGCUCCUAAUUUAUUCCCAUUUGCCGUUUAUUUUUCCUUUAUAAAAUUUCGUUGGCCUUGACUGUUCCAUCUCUCGAUGGGCACUUCGAUCUGUUUGACAACUAGAGCUAGCGCAAGUCGGGAAUUUUUCCAGACAUCCCCCCGAUCGUUAUUCGAAUUGGUGCCAGAUGUGAUUUGCGCUGAGACCAGGACGGGUCGCCAGAUGCUUUUUGUUAUUUUACCGACGAGUAAUUAAGCCAAUUUCAUGCUACGAGUCAUCCUGAUCUCGGAGGAUCGCUAGUCAUCUGCCUGCUUCUGCUUGAAGUUAAGGCAGCUGGCAUUCCGCGCGCACAAACCACAGACUGUGGUGUCAAAGACUCAUCUGUUAUCAUUUGGCUGUCUCUGAUUGGCCACAAGCGCAGGCUAGAUCCGGUCGAUCUGUCUCAAACUUUACUCUCCAGGUUGGCGCAGCUUCUGACUGAGCCGUGUAAGUCGGUGGAUAAUAAGAGCACACUUGACUGGUUGCGUCCCCGGCUGUUAUUAACACCCUUUGUGCCCUGGCAAGGUACACCAUCUGCAUGACCGGCGUUUGACAAAUAAUACACGAUAUAAUAGAACAACAUUAAUUCCGAUUCUAGAUAGGCUAGGACGUGGUCUGCCUUAGUUGCUUGGCAAUUGCCAAACCGGGCGUGUUGCGGUUAUCAGCCGCCCUGCUUCGUAUAUUCAUUGGCCGACUGGCCUAACUGAUGUAUUUUAGAAGAACAUUUGGUGAGCAUACUCGUGCCUUCGAUAAUUCUCAUCGGGCCAGUACGUUUAUAUGGGAAGGAUGCAUUUUAAUUAUGCUUACGGUGAAUGGCAGAGCGAAUCGUACUGACCCCGUUAACACCACUAGCCAGCGCCCAGGGGCGUUAUGGUGCGAUAUAGGCCUUGGUUCCCGAAAUGCCAUAUCUGUCAUGAGAGUGGCGCCUUACGGUAAUUCUUCUAACCCGACCGGCCUUAACAUCGAACCUUGUCCGGGUGUCUGGAUAUUUACGCUGAUAUGGAGUAGUGGUUUUCGACAGAGCCCAUAACGUAGUUCAGAAGUAUUUUACCAGCAAGCCGGUUUAGGUGGUCUAUGUGUUGUUUGUACGUCGUCCCUCGAUUGUAUGCUCGCCUGUUAUACCUUGUGGCCGAGAUUAUUCCGUCGUUGAUCACACAACGAUAAUGAAAUCUAGGAUUGAAGAAUAAGUGGUAGACGCCAAAGACGAGAACUGGUGAAGAAGACCGGCAUCCGGGGCGACAUUGGAGUGUUGCUGACUGGGAUCAGAUACCAUGUCCGUCAGCUUUCUAUGUCGAAAUACCAGAGCCUCUAUACUUCCAAGGGCCGACAGAUCGUCUUAUUCCAGCGGCUCAGUUCAAUGGUUCGUGCUCCUUCCUGACGUUGCAUACUCAUCCCUGCCGGACUAAUAUUUGCAAAGCAGACUCCUUCGUCACAAUCGGCCUUAAUACAUGUGCGGGACGUGACCUAAAUAAUAGAAACUGUGAAGCACAGUCGUCUGGUUGGUCUAAAGGUCGCUUGCUGAGUACUUCGAUGUCGUCGUGCGCAGUCUGGGUCUGUUAAUCGGGACUACUUCCGUCCCAGGGGGCGAAAAUUGGGACCUACACUGUUGACGCAUUGCAUGUGUUUAAACUCGAUAACCCGUCCGAACUGGUAUUUUGUUGUUCCCAGGGAAGAAAGAGGCUAUCAAAAUCUGCACCAGUCUCGCCCUAGUUAUUUCGUUUGUUUUUGUUUAUUAAAGGGUACACACGAGACGGUGGAUGAAUUCCUCGAAUUGAUUAGCAGCCGUCGAACUCGGGUGAACAUACUCAACCCCACAAUCUGUUUGCGCUUUGGAGAUUCGCUAAUCUUGAAAAGACUCGUCGGACUUCGUACACAUGCUCCCCUCUUGGCCGUGUAGAGCAGUACCGGGAUAAUUUUUUAGUCCUUGAUGCAGUUAACGUAACAAUUUUGUGUCACCACACUUGGCCAAGUAACUUUCCAUUGCGUCGCGCUAAUUACAGUUCAUUCUUCUCAAGCGACGGUGCUGCCCCUGGGAGAACGGCUGGCCUAGGCGGCCGCAGUUACACAAAACAGACGAUGGUACUCGCCCACGCACGGCAUCAGCGGCUUACAUUGGCGUAUGUGUCGUCUGGAUUCUUUCCAGCGCAAUUAAGACCUCACAGCGCACACUUUGCCGGACACUAAUUUAGAAAAACAAUAGCGUUGUCAAAUUUCACGCAAGCUAGCCCGUAAGACAUGGAGGUGGUUCUUGGACCUUCGGUAUUCGGUCUCCGUCGUUGGCGAAAGGAAUGGGUUGAGCUGUCCAGAUCUGCUGCCGCGGAUCAUCACGCGUGGAGAGGUACAGUUCGGGACAUCAUCGAGGCUGGAUAGAUCAGGCAUGAUCGCAGCCGUAUCAAGUACAAGUACAAGCUAGCCCGUUUUCCAAACGCAGAUUGUAUAAGGCACUCCUGGGUAUCAUCCACGACCAAAGUGAAUUGGAAAUAAAAAGUUGGGUAUCAUCGCUUGCGGCUGCAUGCAGUAGGAAACCGUGGGGACUAACUGCUCAUUGGUGGACCAAGAGGCAACCUGUACGACCGAAUCGAAGGAUUCCUGUGGGAUCUAGGAAGGCUAAUAAUUAUUGGUUCUGUUAAGAGCAGCGUCAGAGGACCCGCUACAAAAUCGGACCACGCGAAUCUUUAUAGACUAGGAAGGGACAAGAUCCCGCUGUUUCAGAGAGCAAUAAUUGUGGGGUAUUAUAGUCGAAAAGCUGACAGAACUACAGCUAGCUCUUAGUCACAGCCAGUAUCGGCAAUAAGGCAUAAAUACUGCUGGAACUACUACUACUACUACUACUACUACUACUACUACUACUACUACUACUACUACUACUACUACUACUACUACUACUACUACUACUACUACUACUACUACUACUACUACUACUACUACUACUACUACUACUACUACUACUACUACUACUACUACUACUACUACUACUACUACUACUACUACUACUACUACUACUACUACUACUACCACUACUACUACUACUACUACUACUACCACUACUACUACUACUGCCACUACUACUACUACUACCACUACUACUACUACUACUGCUACUACUACUACUACUACCGACAGUUUGGCCGUCGUCUCUGA